AUGGCCGCUGAGCAGCGGGGCACCAAGCGGGACAUCAACCAUAGCGCCAAGCACAUCAACCGUAGCGCCAAGCACAACGGCAGCAGCGCCAGCAACUUGGCUGCACAUGAGAUCCCGGUCUUCAACACGGGAUGCCAAGAGGACUGCCCAGAGGCGUGGGAUCCGGGUGAAGGCUAUGGCCAGGAUCCGCUGCUGGUGGAUGGCAUGGGUUUUAACGACUUCGUGGACUCCAGCGACCUGGAUAUCGCGUGGCCAUUUGUCAAGUCGCUCCUGCCGAAGUCCAUCAAGAUCAACAGCUCCUAUGCCGAAAUCUCUUGCGCACCUUCCCGUGCCUCGUUCUUGACAGGGCGAUGGCAGCACCAUCUCUACACCGCGGACCCGCCCAGCAUCCCUCCGGACAUAGCCGCCACAGGCUCUCCCCAGGGAUGGUCCCCCACCAGCAGCAGCCACAACGGACAGCUGGGGUCCACCGCGGGUGCAUUCUCCCAGGCAGACGAGCGCACAAUCGCCCAGAAGCUCAACGAUGCUGGGUAUAAGAGCUACGCUGUGGGGAAGUGGCAAGCUGGCGGUGUGCUGCGAAGCUGCCUAUUCUGGGACACAUCGCGGUCGAGAAGAACGCGGAGGUCCUGGCAGAUGACACCUACCGGCCGGGGCUUCUCGAGGUUUUACGGCAGCUAUGACGACGCCUCUGACUACGUGCAGCACUGUGAUGUGAACGGCCAUUACGACUUGCACUACGAGGAGUCGGAGCACUUCGAGGGAAACGAGAUGGAGCCGAGGCCUUAUCACUACUUCCCCUCGGGUGAGAAGGUCGUCGGCAAGCACACCAACACCCUGUUCCAGGAAAAGGCAAAACAGUUUAUCAACGAUCACAAGGAGAAGUACGGCCAGGGUGUGCCACUGUUUCUCUACUAUGCGCCCAUGAGCUUUGCGGAGCCCUUGCAGGCGCCGAAGUGGACAGCAGCCAACUGCACAGCCGCCAGCUUCAGCUCGGCCGCCAACGCUUACCGUCAGACCUUGUGCCGAAUGGCCACAGCCUUGGACCGGAGCAUUGAAGGCAUCGCCAGCACCAUGGCAGGAGCCUUCCCUGGGGACAAUUGGAUCAUGGUCGUGGCAAGUGACGGCGGAGGCUCAGCGGCGCACAAGCGCUCCGGCGCCAGCAACUGGCCGCUGCGCGGCAGCAAAGGCGAAGUGUGGGAAGGUGCAAUGAGGACCAAGGCGCUGCUCACUGGCACCCAUCCAGAAUUGGAUGCGGCUGCUACCAAGGGCAAAACGUACACGGGUGGCUUCAUGCACUUGGUGGAUUGGCACGCGACCCUCCUUCAGCUGGCACACUCCAGCCCGACCAGUCGGGAGGUGCCCAAUGACGUGGACGGGAUCGGCCUGUGGCGGGCGCUGGUACAAGACGCGCCAUCCCCGAGAACGGAAUUCAUCUCCAACAUCUCGGGCAGAGCUAUCCGCUCGGGGGAUUACAAGUUGGUAUGGACAUCGGAAGGCAAGAGCCCGCUUGGCGAGAACCAGGGCAUCCGAUGGCCCGUGCGGGACGUAGAGAACCAAGAGUACCUGUCACUGUACGAUGCGGCUUUACCUGGUUCGGGAUGGACACCGCCGGUUCAGUGGAAGUUGUUCAACAUCAGGACAGAUCCCACUGAAGAGCGGGACCUUGCAGCGGAGCUACCGGAGAAGGUGAGGCAGCUGGAGAAGCGGUACAAGGAUCUCUUUGAGGGUCGGAAGUCCUACGGCAACUUGAUGCUGAACUGUGACGACUGCUCCACGCUCCUGGCAAAGGCUCCGAGGGAGGUCAUGCGCAAGCACUCCAGCCAGAUAGCCAUGAACAAGUGCCCAGUGAAGGAGGCGGCAUAUCCCUUCUGGGAGGAGGCCCAGAUGCAAAGGCCCUUCGAGUGA